AGGCGGAGUCGGGGAGAGAGCAAGAUGGCGGCCCGCGGUAGUGACAGCGAAGAUGAUCUCGUCACCUACGGGACUGGCCUUGAGCCCCUGGAAGAAGGUGAAAGACCAAAGAAACCACUUCCCAUUCAGGAUCAGACAGUUAGAGAUGAAAAAGGAAGAUACAAGCGGUUUCAUGGAGCCUUUAGUGGUGGUUUCUCUGCUGGAUACUUCAAUACUGUUGGCUCAAAAGAGGGAUGGACGCCCUCUACCUUUAUAUCUUCAAGACAAAACAGAGCAGAAAAAGCUGUUCUUGGUCCAGAAGAUUUUAUGGAUGAAGAGGAUCUUAGUGAAUUUGGGAUUGCACCUAAGGCAAUUGUUACCACCGAUGAUUUUGCCUCUAAAACCAAAGAUAGAAUUAGAGAAAAGGCCAGGCAGUUGGCUGCUGCUGCUGCACCUAUUCCUGGAGCCACUGUACUAGAUGACUUAAUAGCACCAGCAAAAUUAUCCAUUGGUUUUGAAUUGUUACGAAAAAUGGGUUGGAAAGAAGGACAAGGAGUUGGUCCUCGAGUAAAGAGAAAGCCACGUAGGCAAAAACCUGUUCCUGGAGUAAAAAUCUAUGGUUGUGCUUUACCCCCUAAUGGUUCUGAAGGAUCAGAGGAGGAUGAUGACGACUAUCUGCCAGAUAAUGUGACCUUUGCACCCAAAGAUAUAACUCCAGUGGAUUUCACUCCUAAAGACAACGUUCAUGGACUUGCUUAUAGGGGUCUAGAUCCACAGAAAGCAUUAUUUGGAAUUUCAGGGGAGCACUUUAAUCUUUUCAGUGAUGUAUCUGAGGGGACCAGCAAUCUUCUUGGAAGCAUUAGACCAAAUAAAGGAAGAAGACUUGGAAUUUCGGGACAGGCUUUUGGUGUAGGUGCUUUGGAAGAAGAAGAUGAUGAUAUCUAUGCAACAGAAGCAUUAUCUAAGUAUGAUACCAUUUUGAAGGAUGAGGAACCUGGGGAUGGACUCUAUGGUUGGACAGCACCCAAGCAGUAUAAAAGCAGGACAGGAUCAGAAAAAGAUACCCAGUAUGUUGGCAAAAUUUUGGAUGGGUUUUCCCUGGCAUCUAAACCUUUAUCUUCUAAGGAAAUUUACCCACCACCUGAAUUGCCAAAGGAUUACAGACCAGUCCAUUAUUUCAGACCUGUGGUAACUGCAACUUCAGAAAAUUCUCAUUUAUGUCAAGCACUAUCAGAAUCAACUGGGAAAAUAUUAAGUGAUAUGUCAAAACAAAGCAGAUAUCAGUUAAAUGCCUCUAAGAGGGGAGAAAUGCUUGGAGAAACUCCCAUUCAGGAUUCAACAACAUCUAUUUUAGAAUUUCUAUCCCAGAAAGAUAAAGAACGAAUAAAUGAAAUGAAACGGGCAACUGAAAUUAAAGCAGCUGAAAUAAAGGGAAAGGCUUUGGUACCAAAAGCUUGGAAUAGCAGAUUUCAGCCAGAUUCUCCAGAUGAUUCUCCAUACACACAGCAGAUGGUAUUGAGUGGGGAUGUAACUGCAGGAAGAUCCAGUGAUUUCAGACCUUUUGCAAAAGAUCCAGAAAAACAAAAACGAUAUGAAAAGUACUUAGGCAAUAUUAAAAAAGGGCAGAAAGAUGCUUUGGAAAGUUGUUUAGAUCCCAGGAUGACUGAAUGGGAACGAGGACGAGAACGGGAUGAAUUUGUGCGAGCAGCUGUGCUGUACAGGCCCUCCAGUUCAUCACUGUCCUCCAGAUUUACUCAUGCCAAACAGGAAGAUGACACAGACCAAGUAGAAGUUCCUCGAGACCAAGAGAAUGAUGUUAAUGACAAACUGUCUGCUGUGAAGAUGAAGAUGUUUGGAAAGCUCACAAGAGAUAAAUUUGAGUGGCACCCUGAAAAAUUGCUUUGUAAAAGAUUCAACAUCCCUGAUCCUUACCCAGCUUCAACUAUAGUUGGAUUACCAAAAGUUAAACAUGAUAAGUAUUCAGUAUUUAACUUUUUAACAAUAGCUGAGCCCACAACAUUAACUACAACUCAAGUAUCAAAUGAAAGGGCGCAACAGAAUCACAGUCGCAACAAACCAAGAAAGCCAUCCAGGUGGGAUAUACCUGACCAAGAACAGAAGAAAGAAGAUUGUAUUAGUGAGUUUCUAAGUAUGGCUAGAUCCAAAGCUGAAAUUCAGAAACAGCAACUGAGGCCAUUGGUAAAUAAUGCUGAAGGGAGUGCAGUGGAAUCAUCUUCAGCUAAGGUGGAGAAUGAAAGUGUAGAUCAGAAGAAUGAAGAAGAUAGCAGACCAUCCAUGGAUUUAUUUAAAGCUAUUUUUGCCAGUUCUUCUGAUGAAAAAUCCUCUUCCUCUGAAGAAGAUGAAAGUGAAAAUGAAGACAAUCAAGCUGAUCCUGGAGGAUCAGAUCCUGCAAGUCCAAAACCAAGUGAUUUGGUAGAAACAUCAUCUGAUAUACAAGUCAGUGCCCUGGUGGUCAAUGAGCCAGUGCCUCCUGUUACUUUACAGAAGAUGCAGCUUGAUGAAAGAGAAGAAUUUGGCCCACGGCUCCCUCCUGUGUUCUGUCCUAAUGCUCGUCAGAAACAUGAACCUGUGCCACAGUCCAGCUUUUUGGAAGGCCACCCAAAAGAGAAACCUAAGAAGAGCAAAGAAAAACGGAAGACAAAGAAAGACCACAAGCACAAAAAAGAAAAGAAAAGGAAACAUAAGAAGCAUAAACAGAAAGGCAAACAGAAAAAUAAAAAAACAGAGAAGAGUAGUAGUUCGGAGAGUGUUGAUAGCAGUGACAGCCAGAGUGAUUCAGAGGUCAAAGACAUAUCACCUCAGGAACUUCUGAGAAGGCUGAAACGUCUUCCAUUAACAAAGAAGUAACCUGUUUCUUUAAUUUUGAACUGGGUCUGAUCUCUCUUCUGAAAUUUUGAUCUCCUCUAUGAUGGUAGAUCAGUUAUUGUAUAAUUCAUGCAGUGUACAGAUUAUAUUUAUAUAUAAAGCUAUGAUUUGAAACAGAUUUUUAAAUCUUUGCAUUUCAAAGUCUGAACUGGAAAGUUGCAAACUGGGCUUUAGCUAGUGGCAAAAGAAUAAAAUUCACAAUGUGCAUUUUAAUUAAAAUAUAAUUUUGCAUAAUAAAUUAGUAAUUACAAUUUUA